UCUCGGCUGGAGCGGAAAGUGGGUCGAGGCGAGGCGGGGCGGGCCGGGCGCGGGGAGCGGCUGCAGGUCCUGUCCACCAUGGCCAGGCGGCCCCGGAGCAGCAGGGCCUGGCGCUUCGUCCUGAGCGCGGCCCGCCGGGAUGCGGAUGGAAGGACAGCGGCGGCCGCGGCGGUUGCGGGGACCAACUGGGGCUGCGACUCUGACGGGCAGCACAGCGACCCUGACUCAGAACCGGAGUGCACAGCCCUGCCACCUGCCAUCCCCAGUGCGGUGCCUGUGACAGGCGAAUCUUUCUGUGGGUGCGAAGGCCAGAGCCAGGCUGCCUUCUGCAGUGGCCUGCACAGCGCCUACCGGAGCAAGGAUUGUCGCUGCGGGGAAGACGAUGAGCAUUUUGACUGGGUGUGGGAUGCGGGGAACAAGUCCUCCGCCACACGGCUAAGCUGUGACGACCGCAAGGUGAGCUUCCACGUGGAAUACAGCUGCGGGACGGCGGCCGUACGGGGCACCAAGGAGCUGGGUGAGGGCCAGCACUUCUGGGAGAUCAAGAUGACCUCGCCUGUGUAUGGCACAGAUAUGAUGGUGGGCAUCGGGACGUCGGCCGUAGAUUUGGACCGCUACCAGCACACGUUCUGCAGCCUGCUAGGCAGAGAUGCGGACAGCUGGGGCCUCUCCUAUACAGGCCUCCUCCACCACAGGGGCGACAAGACCAGCUUCUCCUCGAGGUUCGGCCAGGGCUCCAUCAUCGGCGUGCACUUGGACACGUGGCAUGGGACGCUGACUUUCUUCAAGAACAGGAAGUGCAUUGGAGUGGCUGCCACCAAGCUGCAGAAUCGGAAGUUCUUCCCCAUGGUCUGUUCCACGGCGGCCAAGAGCAGCAUGAAGGUUAUCCGUGCCUGCGCCAGCACCACCUCACUGCAGUACCUGUGCUGCUACCGCCUGCGUCAGCUGCGGCCCACGUCCCGGGACACGCUGGAGGGCCUGCCCUUGCCCCCUGGCCUCAAGCAGCUGCUGCACCACAAGCUGGGCUGGGUGCUCAGCAUGAGUUGCGGCCGCCACUCGCCCGCUGCCACGCCGCCUAACACAGCUGGCUCCGGCAGCCCUGAACCUAGGCACUGCCAGCGAAAGCGCUGUCGACGGACCUAAUGCAUCUCCUCGUCUCCUAGUGACCAGGACCUGGUGCUAAUGGCAGGUGAGGUUGGGCAGUCUGGAUGUCCUCUACUGCCCGAGGUUGGGGCUCGCCUGGCAGGUGCUACAGGCCCAGGAUCCUGAGUCUGGCAGCUCCAGUAUCAGUGAGACUGCUGUGCACCACAGCUCUGAGCGCUGAGCUCUGCUCGGCACUGGACAGGUCUGUACUCUAGCUGUCACCUGCCGCCACUGCCUGUGCCAGUGUUUUUUCACUUCUGCAUGCUGUCGGCUGUUUUCUUCCUUCCACUGAGGUGACCGGAAUAAACGCCGUGUCCACGUUAAA